AAACACGCCUGGUGCGGUGAAGUUGAGAACCCAAGGGAGUUCGGAGCCAUUAGAAUCCAGUCUCUCUCUUUCGUCCCAAUCAUUAGUCGAUAUGGCAUACUGGUGAGAUCACCAGGAAAUUACCUCGUUAUUUUCACGGAAAUAUGGUGUUAAACUUCACAGGAUUUUCCAGUCUCAAGUAUCAGUUUCAUAUUAGUGAAGCUAUUCUCUUGAUCUUGUCGAUGCUUUUGGGGAUAUUUUCUUGUCUGCGGCUGAAUGAAGUUACUAAGUUGUGCGCUGGACAAUGCAUGUUAUUCGCGAAGUUGUACGAACGAGCUCGAAUUCUACAAGGUUCUUCCCCAGGGUGGUGCUAUUUGCCGGCCUGUUUGCACUUAGCAGCAGGGUUAUGCUCAUUGGUUGUGCUCAGCUUCGUUAGAGGGGGAAGAUAUAGGUGAGUAUGUUGUUCAAAUUAACCUUUCGGCAAUGAUUCGGAUCCCUGUGCUUUCGCAAAGAUUUCUGGGAUGGCUAUGGGGCAAACGAAGGAAAUAUUUGGGCAAAAGGUAGUUUCUACGUCCAAAAUAAUAAUUUUGAAGAGAGAUAAGUGCCUUUUUACUGCCUCUUUAUCAGAAUUAACAUAAUUUUGAGAUGAGGGAAGAUCAAGUUUUUGUUUGAACAACCACAAAAUGUAAUAUAUGUUGUACUAGCCUGCAGCAAAAAUUAUGACCGGCAUCUUUGAUUUUGAUUGCAGUGAAAGGCUGGGGGAAAGAAAUCCGUACAAAGGGGGUGAGGGACAUUUAAAAACAAGGAUAGGGGUGGGAGUGGGGGUGUGAAUAUUCUCUUUGCGUUUCCCCACCCCUUUCCCCCAUGGGCAACUCUAACUCCAAAUCAAACAUGGCCUUUUGAAGAAAUGAUUACAAGCGUCUCAAUGUUGACUCCCCCUAAUAAGAUGCCUGCACUGCAGGCUAAAUACUAUACAAGUAAACUUUUCUCCUUGCAAAAGGAUUAUUGUGAAAUUGUUUUAAUAGUCUCACCAUGUAUUACACUUUAGCAACUUGCAAUGUUUGCCCUGUGGCGAUCCCAAAAGUCUUUGCAAAAACAAACAUUACAGGCAACUUAUUCAUUAGCUUGACACACAUUUUUGUGGUUAAUUGCACCAGUUAUGGGGGAUAUGGAACCAUUUGCCGGGGGGGAGGGGGGGGUCACUGAUUGGGGAGACAAAACAUAUACAUAAAGUCAAAUCUCAAUAACUCAAACCUUCAAAGGAAAUUGAUAAAUGUUUGAGUUAUCAGAAGUUGAAAACAAAAACGACUAAAAAUAAGGCAAAAGCAGUGUUUACUGUCAGUAUUGACUGACAUGCUUCGAAGUGGUUUGAGUUGUUGAGGGUAAAAAUAUAUAGAGAAUGGCCUGAAGGGAAACAAAUUGUUUCAUGUUAGCAGGAAGUUUGAGUUAAGCCUCAUUCAAACAGUCAUGAUAAUUGAUAAUAGUUGUUGCAAGUUUCAUCUUUCAUUCACUACCAUCAAGUAUCAUGUUGAAUUUGUACAUGUCCUAACUAAAUGAUAAUUGAUGAUCAUGGAUGAUAGUGCAUGAGAGUUUGUGUUCAAACACAAGUGAUAGUUGAAAGUAUCAUAAACUAUCAUGACCAUUUGAACUGGGGAUUAAGUUGAUUAAAACCUUAAUUUUGCCUGAUUUUAAGCCCUUCUCUCCUCCUCCUCCCCCCUGCAUCUUGAGAGUACCCCAAAUGCAAUUUAGCUAUAUUUUUCCCCUCUUCCUGAAUUACAUACUUAUUGUAACUUACAAAUGAUUACAUAGGAUAUGUGUGUUUAACCAAAAGAAAAGUUGUAAACAAAUCAGAGUCCUCGUUCCUCAGGUCACAGAGCAAUUGUUCAAGAGUUCUUGGUCUCAUAUCUGUAUCUGCUUUUCUUGCAUUUCUAUCCUCAUGGAUUAUUUCCUCUGGAUUUCGAGAAUUUUGCAAGUCCUUUGUCAUAAACAGGUUAGUGAACAUUCUUGCAUGCUAUACUUCUAUUAGCUCUUUCACUACCAAGAUUUGAACUAUAGGUUAUUUUAACUGAAGGUUACACAUUUAUUGAUACUAUUUUCGUUAAAACCAGGUAGCUGCAAUCUGAACUAAUCAUUUUCACCUUGUCCGACUUGCAGAUGCAAUGCAGAACAUUUUAGCUCAAUGGAUUGGAAAAAUUUCACCCCAAAGUAUUGUUAUUGUUCAAAUUCAUAUAAGUUACUACAAAAAAUUGAGGUAGGUUCAAGACUUGAACCAGGUCAAAUGUAAUCUCUUAGAUUCCUUGGUCAGUUAUUCUCCUUAUAAAGUUAUUACUUGUAGUUGGGACUCCAAUGGCAGGGGGUCUGCACUACAUCCCUUUGAAGUUCUUGUUUCUCAUGAUUAUUGUUAUGGCUUGAUCAUUUGGAUACUUGUGACUGACCUUGCAGAUACUGCAUGUUUCAGAUUGUCCAGCUUCUAAGCAGAUACAUGGUUACCAUUGUCAGAAACUAUAGCCGGUAGUUUCAUUGUUGUUGCAUUACGCUAAGAGAUGGGAACCUUGUGACAAGGAUCUUUGAUCAUGUUCAUAUUCCAUGUGAUUGCAGAAAAAUGUUUCUCUAGAUUAUUGAAAGGGUGAUUUGGUAGGAUAGGUGUGUUAGUGGAAUUUUUGACAACCAUGAUCAUAAUCUAAAGGGGACACUCCACAAUGCAUUUAUAUCAGGAAAUUUUUACAUGAAGUAAAAAGCUGCCUUUUGCAGGGACAAAGUAACUGUGUGCAAAUUGAAAAUUCAAGAUAUCUUAAUUGUUUUUAAGUUUUGUUAUUUUCAGUGUGUGUAUUUGUCUCUGUGCUAGAGUGGGUGUUUAGGGAAGGGAUCAAACUGUUUCAUGCUUCCAUGUUACAAUAUAUUUUUAAAUACUUUGAGUUCUUCUUCCUGGUUUCUUAUAUACCUGUAUUUCUGUUCUUUUCAGGGUUCCAGUUGGUGUGCCUGUUUGUUAUUGUCUGUCUUAUGUGUGACUCAUUUUGUGCGAUUGUGGGCUGGGCUGCAAAUGACUUCAACACCUUGA